GGAGCCUUCGAGGUUCCGGUGCCGAACGCCUGUCGGAUCAUGGCGUUGAUCGUAUAGCCGCUACAGUUAUAGAUAGCAUAUAUUGUGCUCAUCGAAGGAACAACGAACGUACCACCUUCCAAGACAGUCACUCGAUAUAUAGGACUGACCAGCUACAAGAACGAUGGGUUUCCUCAAUGAAUUCCGCCAAGUCGCGCUAUUUCUCCUGGCUAUGCUCUUCGUUGGGCAAGGUUCUUGCGACUCCUCACAGUGCGACGACGCGAACGUAACGAACUGUCUCCACGACUUCUUAGAACCAAUAAAUGCUAUUAUCGAGACAACAAUGACGAAACAGGGUCCCGACAGGGAAACGAUGGAGGCUGCAUGCCGGGAGGUGACCUCACUACUCUCUUGCACGAGGCAACUGACCAUCAGUGGAUGCUCCGAAGAAAUCAAACAGCUGGAGCUAAAUUUUCAGAAACGAUCCCUCCAAGUCCGUAGCCUGAUCUGCCAGGACAGUGGUCAUCAGAGCUUGGUUGAGCUGAACAGGUGCGUCGACGGCGAGAUCAGGCAGACGUGUGAAGAGAAAGUUUAUCCGCAAGCCUUCGAAGAAGACGUCGGCUGCAGGUUCAUUAGAAACAAAAUGGACUGCUGGCUGACGGCGACGGUUGGCUGUCCUCCCUCCGCUAGUUCAGGGAGGGACGUCCUGGAAAACUACUUCCUCGCCGUUCUCGACGUGCGCCACUGUUACAACAGUGGCUUCACCCCAGCUCCGGUUACGUGGUCCACUUUGGGAGUGCUUGCUUCUUUAAUAUAUUUUUUUCCGUAGGAUAAGCGACUGCGAUGUCUGAACCACUCCUGCGAACACUGUGGACUUUUUGCCCACGGACCAGAUUACAUCCGCCAUUGUUGACCUUCUCUUGUCUCACCGAGAUGCCAAGCCACUAAAACGGGCGUUGACGAGCCUCUACAAAGGCCCAUGCUGGGGAGAAGGACGCAAUAGAAUCUAUGAUGGCGAUGACCUGGGCUGCUAUGGUAGUGAUGAAGUGAAGUAAACGGAAGAAGAGGAUACCAAAACUGAAGGUCGCUUAUGGUGGCGUCCACGCACAGCUGCUGCUAAGUGACAAUAGAUCUCCAGCCAGCGAAUGCUCGUUCAAUAAAAUGUUUUUUGUGAGUAGAGGUAUAA